AUGGACGAUUACGCCCGGGAGAUGAUGGAGCUCAAGACGCUCGUCACCCGCACCCUCGAGAAGAAGGGUGUCCUCGCCAAGAUUAGGGCUGAGCUAAGAGCAAGCGUGUUUGAAGCCAUUGAAGAGGAGGAUCGGGUGGUGGAGAAUGAUGAUGGCGGGAAUCCUGCUUUGCUUGGUAGCUGUAAUGACCGAGCUAAGCAACUGCAUGCUUCACCUUCAGGUAGGUUACUAACUGCACUUCCCAAGGACUUCUGGAAGAAUGAACUGAAAGACUUUUCUAACAAAAGUGGAGCUGAAGGGAGCAGGAGUGCUGAAAGUGGUCCAAUGCUUUUAGAUGUUCUUGAAGGUUAUCUGAAAUAUGAGAAUUUGUCUCAAACAAGGAUGGGCGGCAGGAGGAUGAUGAGUUCAGAGUCUGAUCCAUCGCUAAAUGCUGAACACCGGAGCAUGAGGAGGCCACCAUCAGCGUCAGUUGGGAGCCUGCCUCCUAUGGGGAGGCCAAUCUCUUCGUUGCAGGCAUCAGAUCGCAGAGGGGGAUCUUCAGCUUCCAAUAACACAAGGAAAGAUGAGUACAACUGGAGAUACGAUGCCGAUGAUAUAUCUGAAGAGGUGCUGCGGGCAUCGGCUGCUCUAGAAAGUGUCCAGUUAGACCGGAAAUCUCGGAAUCUGCCAACAUCUUGGAGGCAUUCAGGGGAUGGCGCCGAGUGA